AUGAAUCUGCCCAACUACCAAAAUCUCCAAUCCAUGAUUACAACAAUGACACAGCAGCCAACUCUCCCCCGCGAGCUCAUCGACAACAUAAUAACCACCCUCAUCUCCCUCCACUCUCACGACCCAGCCUACCAAUGGACGCACCUACGCCACAUAACCCGGCACCACAAAGCCCACCUCGAGCAACAUUUCCUCACCCACUGGGUCCCCAAACUAUCAUUCCAAAUCCCACACUACCAUAGCUCAUGUCCAUACGUGGAAUUCACAGCCCCCGCCCAACCUCGCACCCUCCAGAAAGAUGACUCAAGGAACGACGGUGCAGAUAUCGUGGUAUUUACUGAGAGUCACGGUCUUCGUCUCUCCGACGUGCCUAACUGCUGGUACGAAGAAGCUACAGGAAACAACGAGCGACACCCCUGGGAGCAAAUCGAUUCCAACGUCGUCGUGUACUUCGGGGAGGGCACGUUGAAUAAAGGCUACUCAAAAGGGGGUGUGAGGAACGAUGUUGUCAUACCCAAUUUAUCCAUCAACACAGAUUCCUGGCCGUGGGAAUUUUCUUUCGGGUGGAAAGAACUCUUCACCCGGCUCUUCACCGAGGAAAUGGUGACGCGGACUUUUCGGGAUAAGCUGCUUGAGUGGUUUGUACCUACCUUGGGGGCAGAUGUAGGAUCGGAGAUAAAGGAAGCAGCCGUGCAUAAUUAUUUGCGUAAUCACUUUUACUGGCAGAGGAGGGCUGUGCUGGCUGCUUACCGGAAGUAUAAAUACCCUCUUUUGUGGGAAGAAGGACACUGUCGGAAUCAUUACCGCGAACAUGUCGAUGGUCGAUGCUAUAAAGCGUAUACUCCCAAACGCGCCUUUGAUUUCUCACCGUUUGUGUAUCAAGGAGGGGAGAAGCUUGAUUUCAAUUUUUACGACAAUUUCUAUAUCUUUGAGGACGAGGAGAGUAUGGUAUUCCAAAUCCCGGGUUGGGAGACGUGGGAUGUGGGCGAUAUAGGGCGGCUGCGUGUCUACGAAGAGAUGGUUGAAGGACGGCAGUUUCCGGAUGAAUGGUUUGGAUACCCUGAUGGUAGGUUGGGGGACUACUGGGAGCUUUAUUAUGAGGAUCUACUUCAGGAUAUGGAGGGAAGACGGACGGUCAGUGAUGAGGUGCUUGAGGGGCGUUUGAGAGCCGAGAAGCUGGAUCCAGAGACGUUCUGGCUUUCGUAA